GUCCUCAACCUUAACGGAUACAUACGCAGCCGCCUUGUUGGGGUCUGUGAGUGCCAGUGUUUUGCGAGCAAAUUGCUCGCGCGCGAUAUAACGACCCUCACUUUGAAGACCAUCGUAAGCACCCAAACAACUGGCUGAAGCUUUUAGUUUCUAGAAAGGGCCGGGCGGCUCUUCUCGCCGAGGCGAGAGUGUUUUCCAGCCUGCCCAGCACAAGCUCUAGCAGCCAACAUGUCGAACAAGGAGCAAAAGGGAGGAGCUGAGGCAUAUGCCCGCUUCAAGCAGUUCGAUUACAAGGCGAACUCGAGUCUGGUGCUGACCGCGGACACCCGCACUCGCGAGUAUGCCACGGAGCCCAGCGGAGAGCCGGAGACGCUAUGGGGCCGCAUGAAGGGCAAGAUGGGCGACCGCGCUCAGCAGCAGCGGCCCGACAGCGAGCGCAAGGAGAAGGCGGCCAAGAAGAAGCGCGACGCGGCGGCGGCGGACCUGGAGCUGGCCGUGCCCAAGGGCCGCAAGCGGGCGGGGCAGGGGUCGGGCGGCAUCAGCGUGCUGGACCUGGACCAGGGCGGCCUGUACCGGCCGCGCACCAAGGAGACGCGGGAGGCCUAUGAGGCGCUGCUGGCCAUCAUCCACAGCCUGUUCGGGGAGCAGCCGCAGGACGUGCUGCGCGGCGCAGCUGACGAGGUGCUGGCUGUGCUGAAGAACAAGGACCUGCGCGACCCGGAGCGCCAGAAGGAGUGCGUGGGGCUGCUGGGCUCGUGCGAGGACGACAUGUUUGCGCGGCUGGUGGCGCUGGGCAAGCGCAUCACCGACUACGUCACCGAGGCAGAGGCCGCUCCCGGCGACGCGCUGGAUGAGGAGCUGGGUGUGGCGGUGGAGUUCGAGGAGGAGGAGGACGAUGACGGCGACGAGGCGGACGAGGUCGCGGAGGUGGAUGACGACGACGACGGCGAUGACAACGGCCCCUCGGAGACAGACCUGCGCACCACCGCUAUGGACGACGUGGACGCCGGCGAGGAGGCGCGCGACGACGGGCUUAAGGUGCAGGAGGUGGACGCCUACUGGCUGCAGCGCCGCAUCGCCAAGGCGCUGGGGCCCAGCGUGGACGCGCCCAAGGCGCAGGCGCUGGCGGAGCAGGUGCUGGGCGUGCUGGGCGGCCCGGACGACCAGCGCGCCGUGGAGAACGAGCUGGUGCUGAGCCUGGGCUUUGAGCACUUCGAGCUGAUCAAGGAGCUCAUCAAGAACAGGCUGAAGAUCGUGUGGUGCACCAAGCUGUCCCGCGCGGAGACGGAGGAGGAGCGCGAGCGCAUCGAGACGGAGAUGAGCGGCGCGCCCGACACCGCCGCCAUCCUGGCCGCACUGCGCGCCACGCGCACCUCGGCCCGCGACCGCCAGACCGCCAUGGAGCGCUCCAUCCGCGAGGAGGCGCGCCGGCUCAAGCAGGGAGAGGCGGGUGCCCGCGGCGAGACGGGCGCCGGCGCCGCCGCGGCUCGCCACACGGUGGCUCUGGACAGCCUGGCGUUCCGGCAGGGCAGCCACCUCAUGAGCAACAAGAGUGUGGCGCUGCCGCAGGGCUCCCAGCGCCGCGCCUACAAGGGCUAUGAGGAGGUGGAGGUGCCGGCGCUCAAGCCCAAGCCCUUCGCCGACAACGAGAAGCUGCGCAAGAUUGCGGAGCUGCCGGAGUGGGCUCGCGGCGCCUUCGCGGGCAUGGAGCAGCUGAACCGCAUCCAGAGCCGCGUGUGUGACUGCGCCAUGUUCAGCGGGGAGAACAUGCUGGUGUGCGCGCCCACGGGUGCGGGCAAGACCAACGUGGCCAUGUUGACCAUCAUGCACGAGCUGGGCUUGCACCUGCGGCCGGACGGCACCUUCGACACCUCCGCCUUCAAGAUCGUGUACGUGGCGCCCAUGAAGGCGCUGGUGGCUGAGAUGGUGGGCAACUUCACCAAGCGCCUCACCGAGAAGUACGGCAUCAAGGUGCGCGAGCUGACGGGCGACAUCAACCUGUCCAAGUCGGAGAUCGACGACACGCAGAUCAUCGUGACCACGCCGGAGAAGUGGGACAUCAUCACGCGCAAGAGCGACGACCGCACCUACGCCAACCUGGUGCGGCUGCUGAUCGUGGACGAGAUCCACCUGCUGCACGACGACCGCGGCCCGGUGCUGGAGUCCAUCAUCAGCCGCACCAUCCGCACCGUGGAGUCCACGCAGGAGAUGACGCGCAUCGUGGGGCUGUCCGCCACACUGCCAAACUACGAGGACGUGGCGGUGUUCCUGCGCGUCAAGCCCGACAAGGGCCUGUUCUACUUCGACAACACCUACCGCCCCUGCCCGCUGGCGCAGCAGUACAUUGGCGUGAGCGUCAAGAAGCCGCUGCAGCGCUUCCAGCUCAUGAACGAGAUCUGCUACAACAAGGUGCUGGAGAGCGCGGGGCGGCACCAGAUCCUGGUGUUCGUGCACAGCCGCAAGGAGACCGCCAAGACGGCGCGCUACAUCAAGGAGACGGCGCUGGCGGCGGACGCGCUCACGCGCUUCAUGAGCCGCGACAGCGCCAGCAGGGAGAUCCUGCAGGCAGAGGCGGAGAACUGCAAGGACAGCGACCUGCGUGACAUCCUGCCCUUCGGCUUCGGCAUCCACCACGCCGGCAUGAGCCGCGCCGACCGCACGCUGGUGGAGGACCUGUUCGCGGACGGCCACGUGCAGGUGCUGGUGAGCACGGCCACGCUGGCGUGGGGUGUGAACCUGCCGGCGCACACGGUGAUCAUCAAGGGCACGCAGAUCUACAACCCCGUCAAGGGCGCCUGGGACGAGCUGAGCCCGCAGGACGUGAUGCAGAUGAUGGGCCGCGCCGGCCGCCCGCAGUACGACUCGUUCGGCGAGGGCAUCAUCAUCACCGGCCACAACGAGCUGCAGUUCUACCUGUCGCUCUUCAACCAGCAGCUGCCCAUCGAGAGCCAGUUCAUCAAGUCCCUGGCCGACAACAUGAACGCGGAGAUCGUGCUGGGCACCGUGUCGAACCUGAAGGACGCGGCGCACUGGCUGGGCUACACCUACCUGUACGUGCGCAUGCUGCGCUCGCCGGCCCUGUACGGCGUGCCCCCAGCCGACCUGGACACAGACCCGCUGCUGCAGGAGCGGCGGCUGGACCUGGCCCACAGCGCGGCGCUGCUGCUGGACAAGCACGGCCUGGUGCGGUACGACCGCAAGACCGGCAACUUCCAGACCACGGACCUGGGCCGCAUCGCCUCCCACUACUACGUGUCCUACACCACCAUCGCGCACUUCAACGAGCACCUCAAGCCCACCAUGACGGACAUCGAGCUGCUCCGCCUCUUCAGCCUGGCGGAGGAGUUCAGGUACAUGGUGGUGCGCGACGAGGAGAAGCUGGAGCUGGCCAAGCUGGUGGAGCGGGUGCCCAUCCCCGUCAAGGAGAGCCUGGACGAGCCCACAGCCAAGGUCAACGUGCUGCUGCAGGCCUACAUCUCCAACCUGAAGCUGGAGGGCCUGGCGCUGGCCUCCGACAUGGUGUACGUGACCCAGUCCGCCGGCCGCCUCAUGCGCUGCCUGUUUGAGAUCUGCCUGCGCCGCGGCUGGGCGGGCCUCACGGACCGCGCGCUGGCGCUGUCCAAGAUGGUCACCUACCGCAUGUGGGGCAGCCAGACGCCGCUGCGCCAGUUCAAGGGCGUGCCCAACGACGUGCUUGUCAAGCUGGAGAAGCGUGACCUGCCCUGGGAGCGCUUCUACGACCUGUCCAGCCAGGAGCUGGGCGAGCUCAUCCGCGCGCCCAAGAUGGGCAAGUCGCUGCACAAGCUCAUCCACCAGUUCCCGCGGGUUGAGCUGGCGGCGCACGUGCAGCCCAUCACGCGCACAUGCCUCAAGAUCGACCUCACCAUCACGCCCGACUUUGCGUGGGAGGACAAGGUGCACGGCUUCGUGGAGCCGUUCUGGAUCUUUGUGGAGGACCAGGACUCGGAGCAGACGCUGCACUACCAGUACUGGCUGCUGAAGAAGACGGCGGCGGCGGCGGGCGAGGAGCACGUGGUGGCCUUCACGGUGCCCAUCACAGAGCCCGUGCCGCCGCAGUUCUUCAUCCGCGUGGUGUCGGACCGCUGGCUGGGCUGCGAGGCCACCCUGCCCGUGUCCUUCAGGCACCUGAUCCUGCCCACGAAGUUCCCUCCGCCCACGGAGCUGCUGGACCUGCAGCCGCUGCCGGUGUCGGCGCUGCGCAACGCCGCCUUCGAGGCGCUGUACAAGGGGCUGGCCACCUUCAACCCCAUCCAGACGCAGGUGUUCACUGCGCUGUACAACAGCGACGACAACGCGCUGGUGGCGGCGCCCACCGGCAGCGGCAAGACCAUCUGCGCCGAGUUCGCCAUCCUGCGCAUGUUGGCGCGCGCGGCGGAGGGCAAGUGCACCGCGCGCUGCGUGUACAUUGCGCCGCACGAGGCGCUGGCCAAGGACGUGGCUGAGGCGUGGGGCGCCAAGUUCGGCGAGGGGCUGGGCGUGGAGGUGACGGCGUUGACGGGCGACACGGCCGCCGACCUCAAGCUGCUGGAGCGGGGCAACGUGGUGGUGGCCACGCCCGUGCAGUGGGACAUGAUCAGCAGGAGGUGGAAGCAGCGCAAGAACGUCAAGGACGUGGCGCUGUUUGUGGUGGACGAGCUGCACCUGAUCGGCGGCCCCAAGGGCCCCACGCUGGAGGUCAUCACCAGCCGCAUGCGCUACAUCUCCAGCCAGCAGGACAAGCCCAUCCGCAUCGUGGGCCUGUGCCACUCCACCUCCAACGCCAAGGACCUGGGCGACUGGAUCGGCGCCACCUCCCACGGCCUGUUCAACUUCCCGCCCGGCUCGCGCCCCGUGCCGCUGGAGGUGCACGUGCAGGGCUUCGACAUCACCAACUUCGAGGCGCGCAUGCAGGCCAUGUCGCGGCCCACCUACUCGGCCAUCUGCUCCCACGCGGCCGGCCAGAAGCCGGCGCUGGUGUUUGUGCCCACGCGCAAGCACGCCCGCCUGGCAGCACUGGACCUGCUCACGUACGCCGCGGCGGACGGCGAGCCGCUCAAGUUCUGCGCCGCCUCCGAGUCCGACCUGGCGCCCUACCUGCCCCGCGUGCGCGACCCGGCGCUGCGGCACGCGCUGCAGUACGGCGUGGCGUUCUGCCACGAGACCAUGCCGGCCGGCGACCAGCACGUGGUGCGGCUGCUGUUCGAGAGCGGCGCCAUCCAGGUGCUGGUGGCCACUGCGGCGCUGUGCUGGGGCCUGGGCAGUGUGGCGGCGCACCUGGUGGUGGUGGCGGGCACGCAGUACUACGACGGCAGUGGGCUAGGCGCCAGCGACUACCCCAUCACCGACCUCAUACAGAUGAUCGGGCGGGCCAGCAGGCCGCAGGUUGACGACUGCGGCAAGGUGGUGCUGAUGUGCGCGGCGCACCGCAAGGAGUACUACAAGCGCUUCCUGCUGGAGCCGCUGCCGGUGGAGAGCCACCUGGACCACUACCUGCACGACCACUUUGUGGCGGAGAUCGUGACCAAGACCAUAGAGAACAAGCAGGACGCGGUGGACUACCUGACCUGGACGUUCUACUACCGGCGGCUGGCCCAGAACCCCAACUACUACAACAUGGCGGGCGUGAGCCACCGCCACCUGUCCGACCACCUGUCGGAGCUGGUGGAGAACACGCUGUCAGACCUGGAGACAAGCAAGGUCAUCUCCAUUGAGGACGACAUGGAGCUGUCCCCGCUCAACCUGGGCAUGAUCGCCGCCUACUACUACAUCGCCUACACCACCAUUGAGCUGUUCGCGGCCUCGCUCACAGCCAAGACCAAGACCAAGGGCCUGCUGGAGAUCCUGGCCAACGCCAGCGAGUUCGACGGGCUGGAGGUGCGCCCCGGCGAGGAGACGGCGCUGCAGAAGCUGAUCAACCACGCGGUGGUGGCGAUGAGCCAGCCGCGGCUGGGCGACCCGCACACCAAGGCCAACGCGCUGCUGCAGGCGCACUUCAGCCGCACGGGUCUGGGCGGCGACCUGCAGCUGGACCAGCGCGAGGUGGUGCGCGACAGCGUCAAGCUGCUGCAGGCCAUCGUGGACGUGAUCGCCUCCAACGGCUGGCUGUCGCCCGCCCUAGCCGCCAUGGAGAUGAGCCAGAUGGUGACGCAGGCGCUGUGGGAGAAGGACAGCCCGCUGCUGCAGCUGCCGGGCGUCACGCCCGAGGUGGCGGCGCGCCUGGAGGCGGCCGAGUGCGGCAGCGUGUUCGAGCUGUUGGAGAUGGAGGACGCGGCGCGGCGGGAGGCGCUGGGGCCGGACUUCAGCGAGGAGGCGCUGGUGGAGCUGGCCAAGGUGGCCAACCGCUACCCCGACAUCAACGUGUCGUACGAGGUGGUGGGCGGCGAGGAGGAGGUGCUGCCGGGCGAGAGCGUGACGGUGGUGGUGGCGCUGGAGCGCGAGAUGGACGAGGAGGCGGGCGGCGAGGUGGGCCCGGUGCCGGCGCCGCACUACCCCGGCCGCCGCGACGAGGGCUGGUGGCUGGUGGUGGGCGACGCCAAGUCCAACAGCCUGCUGGCCAUCAAGCGGGUCAACCUGGGCAAGGCGGCCAAGACCAAGCUGGAGUUCGCUGCGCCCGCCGCCGCCGCCGGCACCGCCUCACUCACACUGUACUUCAUGUGCGACAGCUGGCUGGGCUGCGACCAGGAGUACGAGUUCAAACUCAAGGUGGCGGCCAACGAUGACGCCAUGGAGCAGUAGCAACUUCAGAGAGGCGAUGACGGUGGCUUAGCGCGCAGCUUGGAGGUUGUGUGAGAGACGUAGGGACGUGCGAAGGAGCCGGCGGGCAUGGGUGCUGGUGGAAGGGCUGGAGAGUGAGGAGGUGAUACCUGUGAGUAUGGAACGCGUACCGUAUCACAUGCAGUGUGCGGGGGCAGCGGCGGGUGUAAAGCGUGUUGGCGAUGGCGCAAGUGACGGCAGUUGCAGAAGUGGGUGGAUGUAUUGAUUCCGCACAACACGGGGUGUCAGCCAACUGGUGACGGCCAUUCUUCAGGCACAUCGUUGGCAUACGUCGCCUUGAGACCAGUGGCUGGCAGUUGAUAGCUAGGCCAGAGUUCGUGUCUCGAUUCACCUGGAGCAUGCAGGGUAGAACAUAUAACAGAUUGAUUCCGGUACUUGCUUGCGCAAACACGUUGUUGGUAACACGAGAAUGAGGGUCAAUAGCAUCUACUUGACUGAGAAACAUGUACGGUAAGCGCUCGCGGCUGGCUGAGAUCAACAGGAUACUCUACUCUGACAAAUGU